AUGAACCAGACCGAACUGACAAUCGAUUUCUCGAAACCAAAUCAUCGCUUGAACACAGACCGCUCCAAUGUCCCACUCGGGUGGAGCUGCGACUGGGCUAGAUUCGAUGGUAGCGAUUUUAUACUAGCACCCUGCAUCAACGGGCGCAUCAGACAAAAUGCUGUCUUGGAAAGAUGCUACAGCACCUAUGGCGAUAUCUUCUUCGUCAUGUACAAGGUCGGGUCGUAUAAGACCAUUCUUCGAUGCGGCGACGACACAAGACAAUACUACUUGUUCAACUUUGAUACAGACAAGCUUUACAAGUUCACGAAGAAAUAUCCGACGCUGGAGGCGUUUAUGGAACGGGCGACGCUUUGGAUCAAUGGGGACGCGCAGAUCUAUUCGGUGACCCCAUUUGCGGCUGCGGAAAUAAAGGCGGGGCGAGUUUCAGUUAGAGAGUUAGAACUUGCGUGGGAUCUCGAGGAGGAGGCGAUAGAGGGAGGGAACGUCAUUGCUUCGGUGAUCAAGCUAUCCCUGUCGUCUUCACGCGACCUCCGCAAGCUGUUCAGUGCGGCAAUGCAAGCAGCUAUUAUCCUUCUUGUACUUGCCCUGGGUGCUCAACUCCCGGGUGGUCGUUCAUGGCUGGCAAUGAUAUACGUCGAAGCAAACAUCUCCGGUGACGCUAAGGCAGCUGUCGUAGAAACUGCUUGGGGAUAUGAAGCCGUCUACGACACGAAACAGGAAGCAGCGUUAAGAGUGGUGGGGCUCAGCCGAUGCUCUAGUCGAGGAGCAUACGGGUGGGAAUCAGGCUUGGAAGAGGGUCGGGCAUAUGCCAAGACACACUACUUGAGAGAAAUGGGCGGGGGUGAUGUUCGGAAGAUGCGCGGGUUCGGAGACAGGCACGUACGUCAGCAUUUAAUCAAGGCGAAACAACUCGACACUCACGUUCGCCGCGAGGAAUACGGCCUAAUUAAGAGCUGUAUACCUGUCGGUGGUGGAGUUCCAAAGGGAUAUUGGAUGCAUCGUGGAAGGGGUGAUCUUCAUUUGCGAUGA